CCCGACCAUGAGCACGGACGCUGAGAUGGCGGCCUACGGCAAGGCGGCGGUGUUCCUGCGCAAGCCGGAGAAGGAGCGCAUCGAGGCCCAGACGCGGCCCUUCGACGCCAAGGCGGCGUGCUACGUGGUGGACGAGAAGGAGCUGUACCUGAAGGCCACCAUCGUCAAGAGGGACAAGGACCAGGUCACCGUCAAGCUGCUCCUCAGCGAGGAGACCAGGACUGUGAAGGAGGACGACGUGUCCAGCAUGAACCCUCCGAAGUAUGACAAGAUCGAGGACAUGGCCAUGAUGACCUACCUCAACGAGGCGUCCGUGCUGUACAACCUCAAGGAGCGCUAUGCCGCCUGGAUGAUCUACACCUACUCAGGGUUGUUCUGCGCUACGGUGAACCCGUACAAGUGGCUUCCUGUGUACGACCAGGAAGUGGUCAACGCCUACCGGGGGAAGAAGCGCAUGGAGGCUCCUCCCCACAUCUUCUCCGUCUCUGAUAACGCCUAUCAGAACAUGCUGACCGACAGGGAGAACCAGUCUGUCCUGAUUACUGGAGAAUCCGGUGCAGGGAAGACGGUGAACACCAAGCGUGUCAUCCAGUACUUUGCAACAAUUGCAGUGGCUGGAGGAGAGAAGAAGAAAGAGACUGCCGGGAAAAUCCAGGGGUCUCUUGAGGACCAGAUCAUUGCUGCCAAUCCCCUACUGGAGGCCUACGGCAACGCCAAGACCGUGAGGAACGACAACUCCUCUCGCUUCGGUAAAUUCAUCAGGAUUCACUUUGGAACCAGUGGCAAGCUGGCCAGCGCUGAUAUUGAGACCUAUCUACUGGAGAAGUCCCGCGUGACCUUUCAACUCCCAGACGAGAGGGGUUACCACAUCUUCUAUCAGAUGAUGACCAACCACAUGCCUGAGCUGAUUGAGAUGACCCUGAUCACCACCAACCCCUACGACUUCCCCAUGAUCAGCCAGGGCCAGAUCACCGUGGCCAGCAUCGACGACAAGGAGGAGCUGGUGGCCACGGACACGGCCAUCGACAUCUUGGGCUUCACCUCGGAGGAGAAGCUGAGCAUCUACAAGCUGACCGGCUCGGUCAUGCACCACGGGAACAUGAAGUUCAAGCAGAAGCAGCGCGAGGAGCAGGCGGAGCCCGACAGCACGGACGUGGCCGAUAAGAUCGGGUACCUGCUGGGGCUGAACUCGGCCGACAUGCUGAAGGCCAUGUGCUACCCGCGCGUGAAGGUCGGCAACGAGUACGUCACCAAGGGGCAGACGGUACCCCAGGUGACCAACUCGGCGAGCGCCCUGGCCAAGUCCAUCUACGAGCGCAUGUUCUUGUGGAUGGUGGUCCACAUCAACCAGAUGCUGAACACCAAGCAGCCACGCAACUUCUUCAUCGGCGUGCUGGACAUCGCCGGCUUCGAGAUCUUCGACUACAACAGCAUGGAGCAGCUGUGCAUCAACUUCACCAAUGAGAAACUGCAACAGUUCUUCAACCACACCAUGUUUGUGCUGGAGCAAGAAGAGUACAAGAAGGAGGGCAUCAUCUGGGAGUUCAUUGACUUCGGCAUGGACUUGGCUGCCUGCAUUGAGCUAAUCGAGAAGCCCAUGGGCCUCUUCUCCAUCCUGGAGGAGGAGUGCAUGUUCCCCAAGGCCUCGGACACCACCUUCAAGAACAAGCUGUACGACCAGCACAUGGGGAAGAACAGCGCCUUCCAGAAGCCCAAGGCGGCCAAGGGCAAGGCGGAGGCCCACUUCUCCCUGGUGCACUACGCCGGCACCGUGGACUACAACAUCUGCGGCUGGCUGGACAAGAACAAGGACCCCCUGAACGACUCGGUGGUCCAGAUAUACCAGAAGUCCUCCUGCAAACUGCUGGGGCUGCUGUACGCCGCCGCCCCUGUGACUGAAGCAGACGCCAGCAAGAAAGGGGCGAAGAAGAAGGGCGGUUCCAUGCAGACGGUGUCGUCACAGUUCCGGGAUAAUCUCGGCAAGCUGAUGACCAACCUGAGGAGCACCCACCCCCACUUCGUCCGCUGCCUGAUCCCCAACGAGUCCAAGACUCCAGGGCUGAUGGAGAACCACCUGGUGAUCCACCAGCUGAGGUGUAACGGCGUGCUGGAGGGCAUCCGCAUCUGCAGGAAGGGCUUCCCCAGCAGGAUCCCCUACGCAGACUUCAAGCAGAGGUACAAAGUGUUGAAUGCAAGCGUGAUCCCGGAGGGACAGUUCAUCGACAACAAGAAGGCCUCAGAGAAGCUGCUGGGCUCCAUCGACGUGGACCACCAGGAGUACAAGUUCGGGCACACCAAGGUGUUCUUCAAGGCAGGCCUGCUGGGAGCGCUAGAGGAGAUGAGGGACGACAAGCUGGCCUCCCUGGUGUCCAUGAUCCAGGCUCUCUGUCGCUCCUUCGUCGUCCGGAAGGAGUUCCACAAGAGAUUCGAGAGGAGAGAUGCCAUCCUCACCAUCCAGUACAACAUCCGCUCCUUCAUGAACGUGAAGCACUGGCCCUGGAUGAAGGUCUACUACAAGAUCAAGCCGCUGCUGAAGAGCGCCGAGACGGAGAAGGAGCUGGUCAACAUGAAGGAGGACUUUGAGAAGUGCAAGGCCAACCUGGCCAAGGCCGAGUCCCGCAAGAAGGAGCUGGAGGAGAAGCUGGUCGGCGUGCUGCAGGAGAAGAACGAACUGCAGCUCCAGAUUUCAUCGGAAUCAGAGAGUCUGAUGGAUGCUGAGGAGCGCUGCGAGGGGCUGAUCAAGAACAAGAUCCAGCUGGAGGCCCGGCUGAAGGAGACCACCGAGAGACUGGAGGACGAGGAGGAGGUGAACGCAGAGCUGACCGCCAAGAAGAGGAGGCUGGAGGACGAGGGCUCGGAGCUGAAGAGGGACAUCGACGACCUGGAGCUCACCCUGGCCAAGCUGGAGAAGGAGAAGCACGCCACGGAGAACAAGGUUAAAAACCUGAGCGAGGAGAUGGCGAACCAGGAGGAGAGCCUGGGGAAGCUGAGCAAGGAGAAGAAGGCCCUGCAGGAGGCCCACCAACAGACCCUGGACGACCUUCAGGUGGAGGAGGACAAGGUCAACGUCCUGACCAAGGCCAAGACCAAGCUGGAGCAGCAGGUCGACGACCUGGAGGGCUCUCUGGAGCAGGAGAAGAAGGCCCGCAUGGACCUGGAGAGAGCCAAGAGGAAGCUAGAGGGAGACCUGAAGCUGGCCCAGGAGUCCAUCAUGGACCUGGAGAACGACAAGCAGCAGUCUGAGGAGAAGCUCAAAAAGAAAGACUUUGAGACCAACCAGCUGAUGAGCAAGAUAGAGGAGGAACAGUGUCUGGGAGCACAGCUGCAGAAGAAGAUCAAAGAACUGCAGGCCCGCCUGGAGGAGCUGGAGGAGGAGAUGGAGGCGGAGCGGGCCGCCCGGGCCAAGGUGGAGAAGCAGCGCUGCGACCUGUCCCGGGAGCUGGAGGAGAUCAGCGAGCGCCUGGAGGAGGCGGGCGGGGCCACGGCCGCGCAGGCCGAGACGGGGAAGAAGCGCGAGGCGGAGGUGCAGAAGCUGCGGCGGGACCUGGACGCGUCGACGCUGCGUCACGAGGCCACGGCGGCCGCGCUGCGCAGGAAGCAGGCGGACAGCGUGGCGGCGCUGGGCGAGCAGAUCGACAACCUGCAGCGCGUCAAGCAGAAGCUGGAGAAGGAGAAGAGCGAGUUCCGCAUGGAGGUGGACGACCUGGCGGGCACCAUGGAGGCCCUGGCCAAAGCCAAGAGCCACCUGGAGAAGCAGUGUCGCUCUCUGGAGGACCAGCUGUGUGAGCUGAAGGCCAAGAGCGACGAGAGCUUCCGGCAGAACCACGACCUGGGAGCUCAACGGGCCCGGCUGCUGACGGAGAAUGGGGAGCUCAGCCGUCAGCUGGAGGAGAAGGAGUCCCUCCUGUCCCAGAUGACCAGGGGUAAGCAAGCCUCCAUCCAGCAGAUAGAAGAGCUGAAGAGACACACCGAGGAAGAGAUCAAGGCAAAGAACGCCCUGGCGCACAGCGUCCAGUCGGCCCGCCACGACUGUGACCUCCUGCGGGAGCAGUUUGAGGAGGAGCAGGAGGCCAGGGCGGAGCUCCAGCGGGCCAUGUCGAAGGCCAACUGUGAGGUGGCCGGCUGGAGGAGCAAGUACGAGACGGACGCCAUCCAGCGCACCGAGGAGCUGGAGGAGGCCAAGAAGAAGCUAGCCCAGCGCCUGCAGGAGGCUGAGGAGCAGAUCGAGGCGGUGAACGCUAAGUGUGCCUCCCUGGAGAAGACCAAGCAGAGACUGCAUGGGGAGGUGGAGGACCUCAUGACUGACCAGGAGAAGUCUAAUGCGAUGGCGGCCAACCUGGACAAGAAGCAAAGAACCUUUGAUAAGAUCCUGAGUGAGUGGAAGCAGAAGUACGAGGAGAGCCAGGCGGAGCUGGACGGGGCCCAGAAGGAGAGCCGCAGCCUCAGCACGGAGCUCUUCAGGCUGAGGAACUCCUACGAGGAGGCCCUCGAGCACCUGGAGGCCCUGAAGAGGGACAACAAGAACCUGCAGCAGGAGAUCACUGACCUGACGGAGCAGAUGGGGGAGACGGGAAAGAGCCUGCAUGAGCUGGAGAAGGCCAAGAAGUCUGCCGAGACGGAGAGGCACGAGAUCCAGUCGGCUCUGGAGGAGGCUGAGGGCACGCUGGAGCACGAGGAGUCCAAGAUCCUGCGGGCGCAGCUGGAGCUCAGCCAGGUGAAGGGGGAGGUGGAGCGCAAGCUGAAGGAGCGGGAGGACGAGGUGGAGCAGGUGAGGCGCUCCGGCCAGAGGGUGACGGAGACCAUGCAGAACACCCUGGACGCCGAGGUCCGCGGCCGCAACGACGCGCUCCGCGUCAAGAAGAAGAUGGAGGGCGACCUGAACGAGAUGGAGGUCCAGCUGAGCCACGCCAACCGCCAGGCGGCCGAGGCCCAGAAGCAGCUCAGGAACGUCCAGGGGCAGCUCAAGGACGCCCAGCUGCACCUGGACGACGCCACGCGUGCGUCCGAGGACACCAAGGAGCAGGCGUCCGUGGCGGACCGCCGCAACGGGCUGAUGGGGGCCGAGAUGGAGGAGCUGCGCGGGGCCUUGGAGCAGACGGAGAGGGCCCGCAGGGCGGCGGAGCAGGAGCUGCUGGACGCCAGCGAGAGGGCCGGGCUGCUGCACUCCCAGAACACGAGUCUGGUGAACAGCAAGAAGAAGCUGGAGAGCGACCUGCUGCAGAUCCAGAGCGAGGUGGACGACGCCGUCCAGGAGGCCCGCAACGCCGAGGAGAGGGCCAAGAAGGCCAUCACUGACGCGGCCGUGAUGGCGGAGGAGCUGAAGAAGGAGCAGGACACCAGCAGCCACCUGGAGAGGAUGAAGAAGAACCUGGAGGCGACGGUGAAGGACCUGCAGCAGCGGCUGGACGAGGCCGAGAGCCUGGCCCUCAAGGGGGGCAAGAAGCAGCUCCAGAAGCUGGAGUCCAGGGUUCGAGAGCUGGAGGCUGAGCUGGACAACGAGCAGAGGACACGGGGAGAGGCCGUCAAAGGGGUCCGCAAAUAUGAACGCAGAGUCAAGGAGCUCACCUACCAGAGCGAGGAGGACAAGAAGACCAUGGCCCGGCUCCAGGAUCUGGUGGACAAGCUGCAGCUAAGGGUGAAGGCCUACAAGAGGCAGGCGGAGGACGCGGAAGAGCAGGCCAACUGCUCCAUGGUCAAGCUGCGUAAGGUCCAACACGAGCUGGAGGAAGCCCAGGAGAGGACGGACAUCGCAGAGUCCCAGGUCAACAAAAUAAGAGCCAAGAGCCGCGAGACUGGAAAGCCCACAGAUGCUCAGUGAGUCCCACUGCAGUGAAGAUUCCCUGUGCUUCAUGUAAUAUGACUGCCACAGUGAGGAAAUCCAAUACAGGAUAC